GGACUCACGUGGAUUACCUUAGAUUUGUGGAUAAAUAAAACAGUGGAUAAAUUGUGGGUGCGCCAAGGAUUCUUCUUGUUAAUCCUCGACCGGAAUUAAACAAUCAAAAGAUUGCUGUCAUGGCUCUUAAGUGGGCUCUGGUGAUCACGACGCUGGUGGUUGCCCAAGCAGCCAAGCUGGAUAACAAAUACCUGCCCCCACCUGCAAGUGCGGCCAGUGCGGGCGGCAGUCCGGGAGCAGGGCUCCAGGGCCCAGGAGGUGGCUUCGGCGGAGGUGGUGGCGGUGGAGGAUUCGGUGGCGGCGGAGCGGGUGGAGGUUAUGGAGCAGGCGGCGGAGGCGGACCAGCUGGCGGCUUCGGGGGAGGUGCCGGAGGAGCAGGCGGUGGUGGAGCUGGCGGCUUCGGUGGUGGUAACAACGGACUGGGUGGCUUCGCAAACGGACGACCCAUUGCUCCUGGCGGCGGCGGAGGCGGCGGAGCACCUGCUCCACGUCCCAGUCCAUCAGGUGGCGCGCCACCAGCUUCUGGACCUCCCAUUCCGAUCCUCUCAUUUGUCAACGAGAACGACGGCGAUGGCAACUACCGCUUUAGCUACGAGACCGGAAAUGGUAUCAAGGCCCAGGAGGAGGGCACCGUCAAGAACAAGGGAUCUGAGAAUGAAAUCCCAUCCGUGAUGGGCUCGUACUCCUACACGAAUCCCGAGGGCGAACUUGUCGAGAUCAUGUAUACGGCGGAUGAGAAUGGCUUUGUGCCCUCGGGCAAUGCCCUGCCCACUCCACCGCCCAUUCCGGAAGCGAUAGCCAAAUCUCUGGCUGCCCAGGGCAUCUCCAUUCUGCCGGGUGGUGGAUACAGUGGAGGUCCUGGAGGACAGGGAGCAGGUGGCGGCGGAGGCGGUGGUUCGGGAUAUGGAGGCGGAUCUGGAUUUGGAGGCGGCGGCGCAGGAGGUGGAUCCGGUGGAGGCGGAGGAGGAGCAGGUGGUGGCGGUGGAUAUGGAUCAGGAGGCGGCGGUGGUCGUGGAGGAGCACCAGGAGGUCCAGGUGCGCCAGGUGGAGGCGGAUUCGGAGGUCAAGGAGGUGGUGGAGGCUAUGGAGGAGCAGGUGGCGGAGCUGGUCGCGGUGGUUCUCCGGGAGGUCCUGGAUCACCAGGCGGCGGCGGAUUCGGUGGUCAAGGAGGUGCUGGCGGCGGUUAUGGGGCCGGCGGCGGCGGAGGACGCGGUGGUGGUGGAGCACCAGGAGCUCCGGGAUCACCUGGCGCUGGAGGUUUCGGAGGUCAAGGUGGUGGCGGUGGAUUCGGAGGUGGCGGCGGACGCGGCGGAGCUCCAGGUGCUCCCGGAUCACCAGGCGGAGGCGGAUAUGGCGGCCAGGGAGGUGCUGGCGGCGGCUAUGGAGGCGGCGGCGGUCGCGGUGGUGGUGGAGCACCAGGUGCGCCAGGAGCUCCAGGAUCCCCAGGUGCUGGCGGAUUCGGCGGUCAAGGAGGUGGUGGCGGAUUCGGAGGAGGCGCUGGACGCGGAGGUGCCCCAGGAGCUCCAGGAUCCCCUGGUGGAGGAGGAUUUGGCGGUCAAGGUGGUGGUGGCGGAUACGGAGGCGGCGCCGGUCGUGGUGGUGCCCCAGGAGCUCCUGGCUCUCCCGGAGGAGGAGGAUUCGGAGGUCAAGGAGGUGGUGGCGGCUUUGGCGGCGGCGGUGGUCGCGGUGGAGCUGGAGGAGCACCCGGUGGACCCGGAUCCCCAGGCGGUCCAGGUUAUGGAGGAGGUGCCGGUGGACCAGGAGGUGCCGGUGGACGUCCAGGCGGACCAGGAUUGCCCGGCAACCAGUACGUUCCACCCGCGGCUGGUGGCGGAGCACCCGGCUCGCCAGGCCGACCAGGAUCGAAAGGAGCUCCCGGCACAGGAUCACAGUACAUUCCACCUGCACCGGGAGCGCCGGGCGGAGGUCGUGGAAACGGGGAGUUCAAUCCUCAGACGGGCUAUAGCUACUAAAACCAGAAUAAAUAACGAAACGCCAAUCAAAUCUCUCAAAUCGAAAUGUAAUUUCUGUGCAAGCUGCCCCCUCAAUGUUCUUUCGCUAAAACAAUUAAUUUAUUUAUAUAAGCUUACCUCUCCCUCUUCCACUCUGACAAUGUGUGUGUGCAACUAUCGAAAUAAAUGAUUAUUAUAAAA